AUGGCACAUUAUGCUGAUGGGGGAACGCCAAAGGGAGCAGAUGACCAGUGCUUAACCGUCUUUCUCAUUCCGUCCCGUGCAGAACGGGCGGUCCGGCGCAAAAGACAAGCCCUCACAGGCUACGGGAGGAGGGGAUGGCUUUGGGGGGUGGGAGGAAGGGAGGAGGGAGCAUCAUCUCCUGAGCCCGUGAGAGCCCGAGCCUCGCAAGGACGGGGAGUGGGGGCGGAGCGCGACCGACUCCGAGGGGCCUCCAGUGGGCCUGGUGGCGCUAGGGCGCCCAAGCAGGGGGGUGGGGAGUGGAAUGAUACUGGGACAAGUCCGUCACGCGCCGCAGCCGUUGGCGCCGCGCUGGCUCAGAAGCGUUCGGCCGCGGGCUCGGGCUCCAGCUCAGCAUGGGACUGGCUCCCGCGAGGUCCAGGGGCACUUGGCCCGCGCGCCGCCUCUUCCCCGCUCCUCCGCCAGGAGGGGCGCUGGCUCGGGCCCCCGAAGUCCUCGGGAGGGAGGAGUUGGAAGGGGGCGACGAGCCGGGCCCAGUCCACCCCACGGCCUCGCCGCCACCGCCUCCGUCGCCUCCCGAAGUCCGCAGCCUCGACCGUUCCCGCAGCCCAGCAGGCAAUAGCGGCGGUGAUUCCCCUCGGGACCAUGCCCUGGAGACGCCUCUCCGCCCUGUUCCGCCACCGCUGGAGCCGGAGCAGCCCCCCCGGGACGGGAUCCGGCCGUCGUUUGGAAUACAGCGAGUUCGUCGAAUACACCGAACCCACUGAGCCCCGGAGGGGGCCCGUGGAGCCGGUGAACGCCAUGGAAACCGUCUUUGCCUUAGCGGUGAUUUUUUCUUCACACUUAAUACCAUGUGGAUGGGUGUUGACCCAUUUGGAGAGCUACAGAAGAGUCUAGAUUUGAAGAUGGGGAACAUCUACAACAGUCCUUUUCUAUAAAUGCUUUACCAAAAAAUUUAAAUUUUCAUACAAAGUAAAAAGUGCUUACCACUUAAACCAAUAUGACUAAAUUGAAUAUUAAAUAUUUUACAACACUUUGCCAUAUUGAUAUUGUUCAGUUCUUGUUAAAUAAAAUUGAAGCAUACAUUA